AGGGCAGCACCCUGCCCAAGCAGGACCCCACCCAUGACCAGCCAGGUAUCUCCAAACGUCCCUCCAUCUCCCACUUCUGGCCAGGAUGACGGGAGCACGCCUGGCUUCGAGGAAGAGCCACAAGCACAGGAGCGUGCAGGCGGCUUCAAGGAGGCGGGGAGAAUGCUGGAGAAGACUAAGAAGGCGCUCAGGAUUCAUAACACUGCUGUAAGGGGGAUGCUGGCAGAGGCACUGGGAACGUUCAUCCUCAUGGUUUUUGGCUUGUCCUCUGUGGCACAAGUGGUAUUGGGAAAAGGAAACAGUGGUCAGUAUCUGAGCAUCAAUAUAGCUUUUGGCAUUGGUGUUACCUUGGGCAUCUAUGCGGCUGGAAGAAUAUCUGGAGCUCAUCUGAAUGCUGCUAUCACCAUUACACAAUGUGUUUUAGGAAACAUCUCCUGGACAACGCUUGUAGCUUACAUAACUGGCCAGUUCCUGGGCUCCUUUACAGCAGCAGCCACCGUCUUUGCUCUCUACUAUGAGACUAUUUAUGCCUACACCAAUGGGAGCUUUACAGUGACAGGACCAACUGCCACAGCGAUGAUCUUCUCUACGUACCCUGCUUCCAAUGUAUCCUUGAAGGGAGCCUUCUUCACAGAGUUUACAGCAACAGUUAUGCUGAUCCUGGGUAUCCUAGUCAUCCAUGAUGAGAAAAACAAUGCAGCCACCAAAGGUGCUCAGCCCAUGCUCACGGGUGUGCUGGUCCUGGGCAUUGGCCUGGGAAUGGGGCUGAACACAGGCUAUGCCAUAAACCCCUCCAGGGAUCUGCCCCCCCGGAUCUUCACGGCAAUCGCUGGCUGGGGAACGGCCGUCUUCACGGCUCAUCAUUCCUGGUGGUGGAUCCCAGUCACAGCUCCAAUUCUGGGGAGUCUUUUUGGUGUUCUAGUCUACAAACUCUGCAUUGAUUUUCACAACCAGCCUGGCCAUGAAACUGAACAUGAGAAAGAACAGGCAGACAUGGAGACUUCCAGACUGUGACGACCAUGUGCUCGGAUGACACAUGUGAAGAGCACAUCUGUUUGUCCACCACGCUGGUGGACAGAUGAGGGACUAGAUUUCAGUAAACCUACUCUGGUUAAACAGACAAACUUGGUAUCUGAGAUAUUGAGAAGAUCUGUGGAGGGCUAGACCUGGCUGUGACCUGAAGGAAUUAUUCAAUCUCUCUGUGUAAAAAUAUACCAAAAAAAACCUAUCCAAAAACACACAAACAAACAAACAAAAAAAAACAAAACAAAAAAAAACCCAAAAAAAACCCGAAACCAAAAAAGAACCCUUGAUCAUCAUAAUCUGAAGAAAAGCAAAGCAGAGCUACAAGUUUCCAGGUACACAUAUAUUCAUAUAAAUCAAAAUACAGGCAUCAACAGUGGCAGAUACAACAUGAUUAAGUCAAUUAACAUAUAAAUUUUGAUCUGGAAUAUUCUUUGGUAAGAGGCAGAUACUACAGUGAUGGAUCAGGGGCCUAGGCUUGUUUUAUUUGCAUAUCUGUCAUCCUAACAAACACCUAGUUUGGAAGAGCACAGAAGAGAGAAGAACAAGAGCAGUCUAAAAUAGAAACAUGAACCUGUUGAGUUGUUUGGGGUUUUUUGUGCUUGUUUAUUAUUUUUUUUGGGUGUUUCUGAUCUGAACAUUCAGGAAGCAUUAAAAAAUUACUAAAGCAAACUACAGUCUCCUGAAUCCUGCCACAGUUCUGCUGGAACAUGCUGAGAGCAAAGAACCAUGUAUGUACUGACAUUCUAGACUUCAGCUACACCAACUACUACCACAGGAAAGAAGUCAGAGAACUGUGACAGGGUCUCCAAAAACUUGAACAAACUGCUCCCCCUCCUUUUUUCUAUCCUGAAUGCAUGAGAAAUGUAAGACCAUGCCCUGCUACUGCAGGAAUUCUGCUAGUUUCAUCUGAAUGAGGAAGUGGGCCUGCAACAGCCUUACAAGCUUGAGGUGUCACUGGGUUAGAGGCAGAACACAAUCAGAAGCUGCCUGUUCCCAGGAGGGUGACAAUGGUCUCAACUUUUCUAGGAAGUGCUUAAGCAAGUAUGGCAUGUAUGUCAAGCACAUAACU